ACUGCUUGAACACGGAGGGAAGCUCGACAAAGCGCCUGCGAGCCGAGCCGCAGAUGCCCAGCCCCACUAAAGAGCUGAGCGGGCUCUUUUGUUGUCUUUGCUGAACUUUGGUGGAGGAACCCCAGAGGCGAUCCUUUGCCUUUCUCCAGGAGGCUGGAGAAGGAGCAGGGGAAAAGUUGAGCAGGCUCUCCUUCCUUCCUCUUCUCUAUUUCUCUUCCCCCCUUUAGAGUGGGGGAGGAGGACAGAAAAAAAUGACAGAAGAAAGCAAAGGGGAAGGGAAAGGAGAAAGCGGGAAAGACCUGGAGAAGCAGCUGCGCCUCAGGGUGUGCGUUUUGAGUGAGCUGCUGAAGACGGAGCGUGACUAUGUGGGCACUUUGGAGUUUUUGGUGUCGGCAUUUCUUCAUAGAAUAAUGCAAUGGGCUGUUUCCAAGGUUGAUAAAAGCAUUACAGAGGAGACAGUAAAGACAUUGUUUUCAAAUAUUGAAGAUAUUCUUGAAGUUCACAAGGAUUUCCUGUCUAGCAUUGAGGAGUGCCUACACCCUGAACCUAAUGCUCAGCAAGAAGUGGGAAUCUGCUUUCUUCACUUUAAAGAUCGAUUUCAUAUCUAUGAUGAAUACUGUAGUAAUCAUGAGAAGGCACAAAAACUUUUGCUUGAACUUAACAAAAUAAGAGCAGUACGGACUUUUUUACUGAACUGCAUGAUGCUAGGAGGACGCAAAAAUACUGAUGUACCAUUAGAAGGUUACUUAGUAACACCAAUCCAGAGAAUAUGCAAAUAUCCACUUCUUUUGAAGGAGUUGUUAAAGCGCACUCCCAAAAAGCACGGUGACUACUCUGCAUUAAUGGAAGCUCUCCAAAGUAUGAAAGCUGUCUGCUCCAACAUAAAUGAGGCCAAAAGACAGAUGGAAAAAUUAGAGGUGUUAGAAGAAUGGCAAUCUCACAUUGAAGGAUGGGAGGGAUCUAAUAUCAUGGAUACAUGCACAGAAAUGCUGAUGUAUGGAGUUUUGCUGAAAAUCUCUGCAGGAAAUAUACAGGAACGUGUGUUUUUUCUUUUUGACAAUCUUUUAGUUUAUUGCAAAAGAAAGCAUAGACGGCUGAAGAACAGCAAAGCAUCUACAGAAAGUCAUCGAUAUGUCUUCCGGGGCAGAAUAAACACUGAAGUGAUGGAAGUAGAAAAUGUAGAUGAUGGUACAGCGGAUUAUCACAGCAGUGGCCACAUUGUUCUCAAUGGUUGGAAGAUACACAAUACAGCAAAGAACAAAUGGUUUGUGUGUAUGGCCAAAACACCUGAAGAAAAGCAGGAGUGGCUGGAAGCUAUUCUAAAAGAAAGAGAAAGGAGGAAAGGGCUGAAGCUAGGUAUGGAACAAGAUACUUGGGCAAUGAUCUCUGAACAGGGAGAGAAACUUUAUAAAAUGAUGUGCAGACAAGGGAACUUGAUCAAGGACAGAAAAAGAAAAUUAACCACUUUCCCAAAAUGCUUUCUUGGAAGUGAGUUUGUAUCCUGGUUGUUGGAAACUGGGGAGAUUCACAGACCUGAAGAAGGUGUAAAUCUGGGUCAGGCUUUACUAGAGAAUGGCAUUAUUCACCAUGUUACUGACAAGCAUCAAUUUAAACCUGAACACAUGCUCUACAGAUUCCGUUAUGAUGAUGGAACGUACUAUCCAAGAAGUGAAAUGCAAGAUGUUAUUUCCAAGGGAGUAAGAUUAUAUUGUCGUCUACAUAGUCUGUUUACCCCUGUGGUAAGAGAUAAAGAUUACCAUCUGAGAACCUACAAAUCUGUAGUCAUGGCUAAUAAAUUGAUAGACUGGCUAAUUGCACAGGGGGAUUGCAGGACAAGAGAAGAAGCAAUGAUUUUUGGAAUAGCACUAUGUGAUAAUGGAUUUAUGCACCAUGUGUUGGAAAAAAGUGAAUUCAAAGAUGAACCACUUCUCUUUCGUUUUUUUGCGGAUGAAGAAAUGGAAGGCUCAAACAUGAAGCACAUGCAUAUGAAACAUGAUUUAAAAGUAAUAGAAAAUGUAAUAGCCAAAUCACUACUGAUUAAAUCAACUGAAGGAAGCUAUGGUUUUGGACUGGAAGACAAAAACAAAGUACCAAUAAUUAAAAUAGUAGAGAAGGGAUCAAAUGCUGAGAUGGCAGGCCUGGAAGUUGGGAAAAAGAUCUUUGCCAUUAAUGGUGACUUAGUUUUUCUGAGACCCUUCAGUGAAGUGGAUAGCUUUCUGAAAACAUGUUUAAGCAGUAGAAAGCCCCUCAGGGUACUUGUGAAUACAAAACCCAGGGAAACUGUGAAGAUCAUUGACUCUGUGGAUGGUCUUGGAUUCCAGAUACGGGGCUUUGGUCCUUCUGUUGUCCAUGCUGUUGGAAGAGGAACUGUGGCAGCAGCUGCUGGUCUCCACCCUGGACAGUGCAUAAUCAAAGUGAAUGGAAUUAAUGUCAGCAAAGAAACUCAUGCAAGUGUUAUUGCCCAUGUCACAGCCUGCAGGAAAUACAGACGCCCAAUGCAUCAAGACUCUAUUCAGUGGGUAUACAGCAGCGUUGAAAGUGCCCAAGAAGAUCUUCAGAAAACAAACUCAAAACCCUUGGGUGAUAAUGGAGGAGACUCAUUUGACUGCAAAGUUGAAGAAGUAAUAGACACAUUUAAUACUAUGGCAAUAAUUGAUGGACGGAAGGAUCAUGUCAGUCUGACUGUUGAUAAUGUUCACCUGGAAUAUGGUGUAGUUUAUGAAUAUGACAGUACUGCUGGAAUAAAAUGUCAUGUUUUGGAGAAGAUGAUUGAACCAAAGGGGUUUUUCAGCUUGACAGCAAAGAUUCUUGAAGCACUAGCAAAAAGUGAUGAGCAAUUUUUGCAAAACUGUAAUAGUCUAAAUAGUUUAAAUGAAGCAAUUCCCACUGACCUUCAGAGUAAAUUCAGUACUAUUUGCAAUGAGAAAAUGGAACACAUUUGCAGAAGGAUCACUAGCUACAAAAAGUUUUCACGGGUCUUGAAAAAUCGAGCUUGGCCUACCUUCAAGCAAGCAAAGUCAAAGAUCUCACCACUGCACAGCAGUGAUUUCUGUCCAACCAAUUGUCAUAUAAAUGUGAUGGAAGUUUCAUAUCCUAAAACUUCAACAUCACUUGGCAGUGCCUUUGGUGUUCAGCUGGACAGCAGAAAACAUCUUUCACAAGAAAAGGAAAACAAACACAUAGACCAAGGUAAAGUGAGUCCCAUGGUUUAUAUACAACAUACAAUUACCACCAUGGCAGCUCCAUCAGGACAUUCCUUAGGUCAACAGGAGGGGCAUGGUUUGAGAUACCUAUUAAAAGAAGAGGAUCUGGAAACACAAGAUGUCUAUCAGAAACUCUUAUGCAAAUUGCAAGCGGCAUUAAAAGAGGUGGAAAACUGUGUUUCUCAAAUAGAUGACCUUCUAUCUUCAAUAACAUAUUCUCCAGAACGUAAAAUACAUGAACCAUUAACACCAACAGACAGUGAUAAUGAAAAAGGAGAACAUAAUGGAAAAAAGGUCUGUUUCAAUGUAGCCGGUGAUGAACAGGAAGAUUCUGGUCAUGACACAAUUAGCAAUCGGGAUUCAUAUAGUGAUUGCAACAGCAACAGGAAUUCUGUAGCUUCUUUUACCAGUAUUUGCAGCAGCCAAUGCAGUUCUUACUUUCACAGUGAUGAAAUGGAUUCAGGGGAUGAACUUCCUCUAAGUAUACGAAUUUCUCAUGACAAGCAAGACAAACUCCAUGGUUGCUUGGAGCAUCUGUUUGGACAGGUAGAUUCAAUUAUCAAUCUCCUGAAAGGACCAGUAGUAGCAAGGGCCUUUGAACAGACCAAGUUCUUCACACCAGGACGAUCUGUGCAAGACUUUCAGCAGGAAAUUGAACAUAAACUCAGUUGCCCAAAGAGACUAAGAGUUCACAUCAAGCAAGAUCCCUGGAAUCUUCCCAGCAGUGUCCAAAAUCUUUCUCAAAACAUCAGAAAAUUUGUUGAAGAGGUAAAAGCAAGGAUCCUUUUGGCACUUCUUGAAUAUACAGAUAGUGAGGUACAGCUCAGGCGAGACAUGGUCUUCUGCCAGAGUCUGGUGGCCACAGUUUGUUCUUUUUCGGAGCAACUAAUGGCUGCUCUAAAUCAGAUGUUUGACAACAGCAAGGAAUGUGAAUUAGAGACACAAGAGGCCAGCAGAAGAUGGUUGGAACAGAUAUCCAGUGCAGGUGUUCUUCUUUACUUCCAGUCCCUGCUGUCACCAAACCUGACUGAUGAACAAGCUAUGCUAGAAGACACAUUAGUUGCAUUAUUUGACCUGGAGAAAGUUACAUUUUAUUUUAAGCAAUCUGAACAAGACCCUUUAGUUGCAAAUAUGCCAAUCACAUAUCAAGCAGAAGGAAGCCGACAGGCCUUGAAAGUUUACUUUUACAUUGAUUGUUACAAUUUUGAACAACUUCCACAAAGACUGAAGAAUGGUGGAGGUAUUAAAAUUUAUCCAGUCCUGUUUGCUCAAGCCCUAGAAAGCAUGGAAGGCUACUAUUACAGAGACAGUGUAUCAGUGGAAGAAUUUCAAGCCCAGAUUAAUGCAGCUUCAUUGGAAAAAGUGAAACAAUAUAACCAAAAACUCAGGGCAUUUUACUUGGACAAGUCAAAUCUUCCACCCAAUUCAACAUCAAAAGCUGCUUACAUAGAUAAGCUGAUGCGACCUAUCAGUUGUAUGGAUGAACUUUAUCGACUGAUGGCAUCUUUCAUAAAAUCCAAGCGCACAGCAACCUGUGCUUAUACAGCAUGCAGUGCCUCUGGAGUUGGUCUACUGUCAAUCUCUUCAGAACUCUGUAGCAGACUUGGAGCUUGCCAUAUCAUUAUGUGCAAUAGUGGAGUUCACCGGUGUACGCUUAGUGUCACGCUGGAACAAGCUAUAAUUCUUGCUCGGAGUCAUGGCCUUCCUCCCCGCUAUAUCCUACAAGCUACAGAUGUGAUGCGCAAACAAGGAGCAAGAGUGCAGAACACUGCCAAGAAUUUAGGAGUUAGAGAUCGCACACCACCUUCUGCUCCAAGGUUGUACAAGUUGUGCCAGCCACCGCCUCCUGUUGGAGAAGAGUAAAGUUUCCUAUUUGAGGAAUAAUUAAAAGACCAGUUUCCAUGACAGUGAAGUGAAGCAGGAACACAACAGAAAGUGAUAAAAUGUGCCUUGAGUACUGAUCAGCAGUAGCACUUAGCUUCAGAUAAAACAAUCAUUCUUCUUAAGUAUAACUGCUCCAAUGAAGAACAACUCAUCCUGGAAGUAGGGGAAAGGUUGUUUGGAUGUAACGUGCAUGCUCUGUGCAUUUAUACUGAGGGCAUUUAGAAAGAAAUAAUGCUAUAUUUUAACUGGUUGCUUCAGUGCCAAUUGCCCAGUGUUCACUGGCACCAACAUGAAAACAAACAAGCAAAACAGAUUAGAAAAAUUACUAUGAUCCUUUCAAAAAGCCAUGCAUUGAGCUGGAGGGAGAUAAAAGAAUAAACAGUGUGGAGUUGUUGGGUUAGGCUUAGAUCCUUGCACACAUAAUAACCUCUUUUCCUCCAGCAAUUCUAUCAGUUGGCUCUCUACUCAAAAAUUAGCAUUUCAGUAUGUUAUGCAUUCAAAGAAGAUUCAGUUGGCCAGUUCACACCUCACAAUAAGCCAUGUUGAAAACAAGCCACGUUAGUUAAUUGCUUGCUAGUCACAUCACUGUUUACAGAUGAUAAAGCACUGACCAGCUUUGUUUCCCUUCUGCCUGCCUGUUCCCAGCAUUUAUUCCUGAGAACUUUGCCUCUAUACCCCUGAGGUGAUUCUUUCCCCUCUAUAUUCUAUAUAAAUACAUUCCUGCAUUUAUAUAGACAUAUAGACACAUGCAUGUAUGUAUGUAUGUAUGUAUGUAUGUAUGUAUAUGCCAUGUCUUUGGAAUGCAGGGGAGUUCCCCCCUUUUUAAAAGAAUGGGGUGACUGAGUAUUUUCUUUCUUUAAAACACAAAAACACCUCCUUGGCUGCUUCUCAAAUCCCAUUCCCUUUUUUAGCACAGUAAUUCCUGUAUGCAUGCUUCCCUUGGGGUGAAUGCCACCAUGGUGAUUUGAGAUGGGAGAAUUCCUUCACCCACAGAAUUUUUUUUUUAAAGAUUGAAAUGUUUAAUCUUUUUUACCUCCCUUUUAAAGUCUUUUAAAGCUACUGUCAAAUGAAGUGCUGAGCUGGUAGAAGGGCAGAGGACACCGUUUUUCUAACAAGCCAAGGAUGAGUCACUCUGCCAGGUUCACACAUCAUAACAAGCCACUCUGAAAAUAUCUAACCUGACCCAUCCAACCACAUGUGGGGGUGGGGGAGACUCGCAUGUAACAAGAAGUGACGAUGGGUGAAUUUCUGAUGUUUUGUUGAGGCAGUAACUAUCAGAAUAUUCAAGCCAUGUUAGGGAUGCGCUAUAGCUUGUUAUUUGUGUGAAUCUGGUGAUUCAGGCAAUCUGUGUUCUAACCCUGCUCAGCCAUGGAGCCAACUGGGUGACUUUGGGCCAGUCACAGAAUCUCAGUCCAGUCUACCUCACAGGUUUGUUGUUGUGGGGGAUAAGAUUGGGAGCAGGAGGAGAAGACUGAUGCAACCUGCUUUGAGAUUGUUGUAUGAAAAAGCAGGAUAUAAAUAUAAUAAAUAAAUGCUGGAUUGUUGGGAUGGUUAAUGUCAACAGGUGGCUUGGGAGCCCCUCUAAUAACUCACUAUCGGGUUUACAACAAGCUAUGGUGAGCUCUUGCUGUAUCUGGUACAUUUACAAUGGUGGCUGCCAUCAUGAUGAAAAACCCCACAGGGAAAUCCACCCAUGGUGGCUUCUUAUUACAUGUCAUCCAGGUCACGUUUUCAUGCUUGCUUGUGCAUGGUUAACAAACUACACCUGGUAAUUUGUUCAGACAUCACAACAAGCUAGCCUAAAACGGGCCAGUGCAUUCCUAAUACAUGGGUCACAGUCAUUUUGUGCUUGCCUUACAUGAUUUGGCAAUAGUAACAUCCAGCAUAAGACACAAUGACAUGAGAGAUUAAAAAUGACAGGUGGAUUCCAAUGACUCAAAUUUCUGUUCAUUAGUCUUCUUGAUAAAUUGUUCAGGACACACUGUGAAAGGAAUUUUCCUACAACAGUGAAUUAUCUGCGCAGAAGAGGUUUUUCAUUAUGCUCAGUGAGUUUGUAGAACCUCAAUUGAGAACAUGCAUUCUUAUGCAUUUUAAAAUUCAGAAAUUCUGAUUUACAUAAGAAUACAGGCUUUGACUAAGGAAGAGUCCUACUGUAGUUCAAAGGCCUGUAAUCUUCCUUUAUACUUCCUAGAAAAUUAUGUUGUAUCAAGGUUUUGAAGGUAAACUAGUUUUCAUUUUGCUGGCAAACAUUGGAUACAAAUGCAUGAGUAAGAAAUUGGAAAAUGAUGUUCUAUGCAUAUUCACACUAGGAAAGUGGCAAGAUGUUUUCUAUUCUGAACGGAAUAUAUAACAUAAUAACCUUUGCCUAUCAUGGUUAAUAGGGAAUGUAGCUUCUAGUUCUGCACUAGCACAAUAGCAAUUUUAAGUCAGAUUUAAAUGCAUAGCUGCUCUAAGAUACCUGUGUUACAGGAGAAAGUAUGAAUUUUAGUGACCCUAAAUGGCAAUGGCCAUUCACAUUCAGAGAAGUAUGUGUAUUAUGCAUGUGCAUAGAAGACUGAUUCCAUUGGUGGGUCUCCCUUACUAAGGGUGGUUUACUGUUCAUGGCAAGCAACUAAUUAAAAUAAAUAACAUGCAUAAUUCACUUAUGGUAUAAUCCUAUGCCAGUUUAGCCAGAAAAAAGACUGAAACUCUCUGCUUUUUUCUGCCUCAAUUUGCACAGAAUCGUGCCUUUAGUCGACUGUAACUAUCCUCUGUAUAUGGCCCUUCCAAAAUCUUGAACUUUGUUUAAAAUUAAACGUAUCUAUGGUAUACAUUUGCAGGAUUCAGAUUUUAAAAUGUAAAAGUAAUUUCAAAUCAUCUACUGAAAAGUUAUAUUAAAUGUCAUUUCUCAGACUUGGUAAUAAUUGACAUUUCAUGGUGGAGAUGUUUGCUUAGAACUGAAAUCCUGCUGUCAUGAUGAAAUGCUGCUACAGUUGAAAAGCACAAUUUAGUAUACUCCAGUAGUGCCUGGAAAAUAUUUCUACUUAACUCAUACUUCAGCUUUGUUGGCUGUGGUAAAAUCCUUACUAUAACAUUGUACUGUAUUUCUAUAAUUCAUAUGUAUACGUGUGUGUAUGCAUAUGUGUACACAUGCAUGCAUACACACACCAGUUUUGAAAGAUGAUCACAGCACUAUUUACUCUGUAGCCUCAUGUAUAUAGUGUAAGAAAUCCAUUAAACUUAUGCAUCUCUUGAGUAAUAAAUAAAGUAUUUUUUCUGUUCUAGCAGUAUUAGAUUUUGCAGAGGGAGAAUAUAUUUUUGUAAUUACUCAGUAAGAAAUCUAGAACAUCACUGCUUUUAAAGAAGUAUAAAUAUGUAUGUAAAGAUAUUUACAAAGUAUAUCAGUUUCUUAAUCUUCCAUACUUGUAGCCAUAUUCUUUUACUUUUGUUACAAGUAAUACUGAUAAAUAAAAAUGAAUUCUUCUUUA